AUCGACUGACCGUUUGUCGAGUGUCGAGGAUAUGUCUAAUAUUUGAGGUUAUGUUCAAUUUUCAAUUCUAUGGAAUGCACAAUUCUAAGGAAUGUAGAUAUUGUAAUAUUUUAAAAUGAAUACAAUUCAAAGUAGUUGUUUGAUAAGGAAGAAAUAAUAAGUAAUUGUUUUUUCUAUGAAUAAUAUUCAUUCUCUGUUAUUUCAUUAGUUCUAGCAUUCCGUUUAGUUUUCUUAGGACAAGUUUAUUACACAAAUGAGCGUUUGUGAAUUAAAUAAGGUAACAAUAAUAUUAUAAUGGCGUUCUCAAAUUGGCCGUGGCAAUAUAGUUUUCCUCCAUUUUUCACAAUUCAGCCAAAUAUUGAAACAAGAGCAAAACAACUUGAAGCAUGGCGCGGUUUGGUCCUGGAUUAUCACAGAGCACUGAAACAAGCCGUAUUGGACGUGAGCGAAGCCGAACGUAGCGAACUAUUCAACAAUACAAAACUGCAACGAAAAUUACCCACAGAAGGUAUCAUUCAAGUUCUAGAAUCGCUUGCCAAGAACGGUAAUGCUGAGCCUUGUAACAAAGCAAGAACUAGGUGGUAUAUCUACUGGCACACACUGCCAGAAUGGGCCGAUAAAAUGUACACCUGGGCGCAGGAGACCGGUCAGACCAAUUCUGUGUGCACUUUAUAUGAAAUUAUCAACGCUUCUGAUCAAGAUUUUUAUGGCCUCAAUGAGGAAGUUGUCAAAAAGGCGCUGCAUGUUCUAGAACGUAAACAAAAGGCUGAACUGAUUUUGGACGGCGAAAAUUCGGGAGUCAAGUUCUUUUGAUUUGGCUUGCUAAAUCACGAUUUUAAAAGGUCAAAUCAUUGUAUUAUUAUGUUUUUAUUUGUAUUACAAUGCUUAUUACUCACUUGAGAUGUACAUUAUUUUUCAAUUGUGUUUAUAAGUUUUUGUUCAAUUCCGAAGUUCAUAGAAAAUCAGGAUGAUGCAAGAUUUUCAAAUUCCUUACGCUUAUUGAGCUGAUACAAAUGCAUUUCAUUUCAAUACCACAUUUGAAAUCAACUUUACAGUACAUAGACUCGAAUCACAAAAUGUUUUAUCAUUGUAAUCUAGAAAUCAGAUUCAAUAAUCUUUUAAAUUGUAUUUCUUUGUAAGAUAGAUAUUAAAUGAUAAUAUUGUUAUACUAAA